AUGCGGGAUGUUUUAUUAGAUGAUGGUUAUCGGCUUACAUACGGAGGGCUUGACUAUCUUGCUCUCAAUACGUACCAAAAGCAGCAAGUGGUUUACUCUGUGGGAAACCAAAUAGGUGUCGGGAAAGAAUCAGAUAUUAUAGCCGUGGCAGAGGCAUCUGGAACGCAACGAAUCUUGAAGAUACAUCGAUUAGGGCGGAUAUCUUUCCGUUCGAUCAAGAAUAACAGAGACUAUCUCCGACACCGAAGCUCUGCAUCAUGGAUGUACAUGUCCAGACUUGCUGCGAUUAAAGAAUUUGCAUUCAUGAAGGCUCUAAGGGACCAUGGGUUUUCUGUCCCUGAGCCUAUUUCACAAAAUCGACAUACCAUCGUUAUGAGUAUGAUUGAUGCAUUCCCCCUUCGGCAAAUAUCGUCUGUUCCCAACCCUGCUGCUUUAUAUGCAGAAUUAAUCGACACUAUCAUGGAAUUGGCCAAAUUUGGCUUGAUACACGGCGAUUAUAACGAAUUUAACAUUCUAAUAAAAGAAGAGGAAAUACCUGUGAAAACUAACGAAGAAAAUAAAGACAAGAAAGAAGAUAAUAUCAAGCUCACUCCGGUUGUGAUUGAUUUUCCUCAGAUGGUCUCAGUGGAUCAUGCGAACGCUGAGAUGUACUUUGACAGAGAUGUUAACUGCAUCAAACGUUAUUUCCAACGGCGUUUUGGGUUUGUCAGUGAUGAACCAGGACCCUUCUUUUCUGAGGCCCGAAAACUGGUGGGGACAGACGGAACUCCUAGAUUGGAUGUGGCUGUCGAGGCAUCGGGCUUUUCGAAGAAGAUGGCUAAAGAGCUGGAGGCAUAUAUGAAAGAAGUUGGUGUUGAUGGUGAUGCUCAGGGCAUUGAAGAUGGUCACGAAGACAUCGAUAACGAGUUAGACGUCGAUGAGACCGAAGAAAAUGAAGAUGACAACUUAGGUCAAGGAGAGGAAAAUAAUGGCUUCGAAAAUUCAGAUGCAGACGAACAACUUGAGCAGAAACCGCAGAUACCUGAACCCGAUGCUAAGAUCAAGAUGGAAAAGCUCACCAUAUCUGGGCCUUCAUAA